AUGGAAAAGAAAGAUGAGGCUAACGGAGUAGUACCAGUGAGAAGCAAUGAGAAAAUUAGCAGAGAGAAAGAAGAAGGAAAAGGGAAGGAGGAGAACCACCACCCACUUCCUCUAAUGGCCUUAAAUCACGUAUCAAGACUUUGCAGAAACGUGAAAGAGUCCAUAGAUUUCUACACCAAAGUUCUGGGGUUUGUUUUGAUGGAGCGGCCACAAGCUUUUGACUUUGAUGGUGCGUGGCUGUUCAACUAUGGAGUCGGGAUUCACUUGCUGCAGUCCAAGGAUGAUCAGGAUAGGCGAUCUGAGACUGAUCAUCACUUGGAUCCCAUGGACAACCAUAUCUCAUUUCAGUGUGAAAACAUGGAGGAAAUGGAGGAAAAACUGAAGGUGGUAAACAUAAAAUACAUGAAGAGGGCAGUACUGGAGGAUGAAGAAAAUGGGACGAGGAUUGACCAACUCUUCUUCAACGACCCAGAUGGGUUCAUGAUCGAGAUUUGUAAUUGUGAAAAUCUCAAGCUCGUUCCGGCGGCUGCUUCUCUCGGCAAAAUAAAGCUUCCUUUUGAUACACACAAUCCGCCUCUACAAAUUUUGGAAAAUGGGGAUCGAUCGAUCGAUGAACCAAAUUAA